AUGCUCGGCAGCGGCGCGCUCGCGGUGCCGUCGUGCUUCGCGGCGUGCGGAUUGGCGCUGACGACGGCGACGAGCGCGGGGGCGUGCCUGGCGUGCGCGCUGUCGCUCGAGCAAAUGUUGUACUGCGCGAACGCGCACGGCGCGUGGUCGUACGAAGAUUUGACGAGCGCGACGCUGGGACGACGAGGGAGGAUCGUCGCGAAGUAUAGCAUCGCCGCGCUGUUGGUCGGGGUGGUGGUGGCGUACGUAAACAUCGUGGGGGAUAAUUUCUUCACGGCGGCGUCGAGCGGCGUGCUGCCGGCUGGGGUGGAGGUGAAUCGCGAACGCGUCAUGGCGGGGGUGACGUUUGGGGUGUUUUUGCCGUUGGCGACGUUCGUGAAGAGUCAAAAAAGACUCGAAAAAGUGGUGGGGUUCGGGUUGGCGACGACGGGGUUGUUUGGAUUGUGUUUGGUGACGCUCGCGGCGCGACGGUUGGCGCUCGGCGACGGGAAAUCGAGCGCGUCGAAGACGUGGGACGCGAGCGGGCUGGGUCUGGUGCUACCGAUCAUGGUAUUUAAUUUUGCGGCGCACGUGAUGGUGUUUCCAGCGUUGAAGAGUUCGGGCACGGCGGUGAUGUCGACCUCGCGCGUCGUCGGCAUCGCGAACGAGACGAUGGUGCAUUUGUUGAUCUUUUACAUCGUCACCGGCGCGUGCGGAUACGUGGCGUUCGGGUCGAGCGUGAACGGUAACGUUUUGCGCAACUUUGGUGCGGAAAGUGGAUGGUUUGGGAUUUACACGCAGUUGGUACGGUUCUUGUACGGGUGCGCUAUAUGCACCGGCGUGCCGCUUCUCUUCAUUUCCUUGCGAGAAAUAUCGCCCUCGCUCUUGCUGUCGCUCUCGCGCGUGGCGGGAAGACACACCGAAUUAGUGUUUGAUGUUCUCGUGCUUUACAGCUGCUUGCGCGUGUCCAUUUCAGUGCCAAACAUUCAACACGUGUUCGGUCUCAUCGGUAGCACGACAUGCUCGAUACUUACAUUCAUUCUUCCUGGGAUGAUGUUUCUGCGCACGUGUCCGUCGUCGAGCUCGAAGAAAAGUAUGAAUGAUUUCAAACUACUGCAGCAGCUCGGGAGCGGUGUGCGUCUCAGCGCGCACGCGCUAAUUCUAUUUGGCGUAUUUAUUGGUAUCGCAUGUACACGAAGCACACUGCAGUCCUUGAAAGAAGAAGCUGAGGUUGUCGUCAUCAUACAACGACUCGUCGCCGCUCAAACAUUCGUACGAUCGAGGGUGCAAGUUUACGACAGGAUUCUCACCGCGGCGGCGAAAUUCAGAAGAAUCGAUGCCGUAGAACGAGUUGUUUCACAACUUUCCGAAGAGUCGAAAUUAAGCGAGAGCGUGGUGAAAGAUGUGACAUCCACGCUCGCGCUCGCUUCAAGUCAGGAAACGCGUUCAGCGGCGAUGCGCGAAUUCGACUCGCUCAAUCCGUUUCGAAAAGAUGUCGACGAAGAGGACGUGCGAGAGGCAAAGGAGAAAUUCGCCAAAGCGAGAGAAUCGUACAGAAAUGUAAGCGAUACCCUACGCGAGGUUCGCGAGACGUUGAGAGAUAUAGAAGAGGAAGGGGAAGCGAGCCAGGCUGAUGAGAGCUCCGACGACGUUCACGAGCGCGCAGAUGAGGCGCUUGAGAAAGUACGAGCAACGGACGAUGCGCUCGAAGAAACAUCGGACGUCCUAGAACUGACCGAAGACGUCAACACCGAUCUCGAUGGAUUACAGGUUGCGUCUGAACGGUUAGAAAUGACGGACACGAUCAUCGAGCAAACGUUGGAGGAGGUACGAGGGGCGAAAAAGUCUGGAGCGGAGGCCGUGUGGCAAGCGGCGACUAAUGUGGUCGAAGAGACGGAGAAUAAAGAUGAACUCAUCAAGAAUCUGAAAGAACCCAUAAAUAUCGCACCACGUGCGUGGAAGAAGGGCAAGGGCAAAGACGUCGAUAGUCAGGAAGAUAUCGUUGAAAAGAUAGUCGCCGCCUCGAACAAGGUGACAGACGAAGAGGCGGAGCGCGCUGUCGAGACGGUGCUCCAAAACAACACGCAAGACGGUGCUUCGAGCCGCGCCGUGCAACGAGCCAGUGAAAUCUUAAAAGAAAUCACCGCAGAAAGUCCGUCGGAUUCUUCGAAGAACCCGACUAAAGCCGACGAGAACGUCGUAUUUAAAAAGUUUGUCAACGCGACGACGGAAGGGCGCCAAGUAGAGCAGCAGUAA